AUGGACAUAACUCCAGUGGGACUUUUUCAUGCCUAUGCUCUCCAAUUGCCAAGUCUAACGCUCAACACGCUUCUAGCCGCCGUCGGAUAUUCUGAAAAUCGCACACACCAGGAUUUUUUGACGGAGCUGAUUACGCUCUGGGCACGUCCUGCUCUGUGCACACCGGCAGCGCUGCUGAAGUCGCAGCGAGUGUUCAGUUUUGACUAUGGCGUUUGGGGUCGCAUGUGGAUAAGCAAAUGGACACUCCCUGUUGAUCAGGCGCCCAUAGACACCGUCAGAGAGCAAGAGGAGCUGGUUCAGAAUGACACCAAGAAAGGCAACAGCCGAGCUGAGACAGGUAUGAGCCUGCAGAAAGCAGUCGAAGUCGCCAUGCUGGAGCUCGGGGGCCAGAAUUCAGAAUGCAAAAGAUCCCUUCCCCUCAAACCCUCGAUGCCGAACCUCCACCCUGUACAAACCGAAUGGACAGCUUACCGGCGCAACGUUUCUAAUCUGGCGAUCCGCCCUGAUCUCUCAGAAAAGGAAAUGUACAAGGCAAUGAUGGAAGAUACUGAUGCAUCCGGCCCGACAAUUCUUUAUUUUCAUGGUGGCGCACACUGUCUAAUGGACCCAGUCACUCACCGAUGGCCAACAUCCAUGCUGAGCCAGAAAUCGGAUGGGCGUGUACUUUCUGUCCGCUACAGGCUAGCACCGCAGCAUAUUUUCCCAGCGGCGCUUCUGGACGCUCUAUCGGCUUAUUUGGCGCUGAUUGCACCUCCGCAGAAUGCCUUCCACGAAGCCGUUUCUCCUUCUCAGAUCGUCUUGGCAGGAGACUCUUCUGGCGGUGGCCUAGCAGCAUCUCUUCUUCUUCUACUACAGACUCUGUGCAGACAUAAGCACAGUGUAGCAUUUCACGAUAAGGUUGUCACCAUUCCGGAUCCUGUGUGCGCUGGUCUGGCUGUCACAUCACCCUGGCUCGACAUAACGCGGAGUCUUCCAUCAACGAGAGUGAAUGCUCGAUGGGAUAUCAUUGCUCCACCGCCACCUAUAGACCAAAAUCCUACGCCAGCCUUCCCGCCUGAUGCUAUAUGGCCUGUAUCUCCACCACGGGUGGAAACAUACUGCUCUGCCCAGGUGUGCAUACAUCCACUGGUGUCGCCGCUUGCUGCGCAGCGUCAUCAUUGGCGGGGUGUUCCACCUGUCUAUGUCUCUGUCGGCUGGGAGGGAAUGCAGGAUGAGGCUGAAGUAUUUGCACGACGAGUUUUCGGCGGAGAUCCCGAUCGGCAGAUUGUGAUUUUCGACGGCUACGAAGGAAUGCCACAUUGCUUUGCCAUGUUUCCAUGGAACUGGGCAGGAAGAAAAGCUAUGGAGAAAUGGGCAGAGUUCAGUAGAAACGUUGUUCAAACUGCUGCGAUGAGAAGGACAGACGUGGGGACUUGGACCAACAGUAAGACUAAAGAGGUCAAAGAAAUCAGGCUGAGUGACUUAGCGCUAAGCAGUGCUGGAUGCUGGUAUCAAAGGGAACAGCUACAUGAUCAUGUAGUUGACGCAAGGCUGGAAAAAGGGCGAAAGUGGAGAAUAGACUUGGAGAGCGAGAUUCUUCAGCAAUGGAAAAGAGAGAGAAAUCAUAGUGUUAUCGGCGGGGUGCAAUAG